AUGCCGCCUUCCCACUUUUACCGCGAUCGGUGGCCCUAUCCCGCCUCCGGGAAUCCUCAAAACCCCCCGACGUGGACUCAAUCCCAAGUUCACCCCCCACGUCACCUCCCACCAAACCUACCUCAAAACCGACUGUCCCCUUACUCGAUGAAUGAAAGCACGUCUGGCUCACAAGUGCCUCAGGCCAUGAUUCGACUUAGGACGGGCCCCAAUCACACCCAUAUGCGGCGCAAGCUGAAUAUGGACCAUAUUUUGAAGACGAAGAAACGCAUCGUCAUUUCUCAGUGCAGGUGCAUCACAGACACGUACAUAGGGGACUGGAUACGGCCUCCAGUUUCAGAUGACGGAGUUGCGGCCCAACUGACAGGACGCAUUGAAAUGUUGCGUGAACGCAUAGGCGCGGUUGAGCGUAGCCGUGAACAGGAUCAACGGGCGGGCUGGACCGAACCCACUACUCAAGCCGCCGCCGCACACCAGGGGGUCCGAUGGGCCUACCCUGCUGAAAAUCGUCCCGGAUUUUGGGAGGUUGGUUAUGGAGCACAGUAUGGAUACCGACAGCUAGAGCAUAUGACAAUGGCAGGAAGAAAUCCGCCCGGGUCGGCGUUUCAGCCAGUCGUUUCAUCCUCACCCCUGAUCCGCUCGAAUGUUCCCCCGCCUGUUGCACUCCCUCCCUCCGAGACUGACGUCCCACCUGCCCCGGCUGUGUUGCUUUUACGGCCCAAUAUCGCACUAUUUUCCACUGAUGCGAUGCCAGUCAACUGUAGCCCCCAGCCAAUUGCUGGUCAACAGCCAGUUUAUGAAGACUUUGAAAGGCACCCACAAGAUAUCACCGACCUUCUUCAACAGACAAAUAUUGUCUCGCCAGCCGAACCACAAGAAGAGGUCUUGUAUGCGAGGUAUUUUUUGCCCCCCAAGAGUAUGGCCAUGGACGUGCACCCUGAGAAGAAUGCCCCGGAACGCUCGGCCGAUAUUACUAGCACCCAGUCUAGCCCGGCUCAGCCAUUACCUCGAACAUGCGAGUGUUUGACUCAAACACUAAGCUGUCACGGUUGUGGUGCGGGGAUUGGGUAUAUGAUUGUCACACCGUGUGCACGUUGCACGGCUCAACAGUCGAUCAGCGGCCGUCCAGGACAACCUCAGAGGACGGCCAACGGCCAUCGGUUCGUGUUCCAUCACGCUGAAAUAGUGGCCCGCGAGCGAUUGUAUAUUCCGGGUCAACCUGGCGUUCACCGAUAUCCUUGGGGGAUUCCCCCAACUGCUUCCUCUCAGCCGAAUGCCACCAUGGGCCAGCAGUCUGAUUCUCGCUCUCGUGUACCGUCCGUUGACUCCGAACCAAAAUCCCCAUCGAUCCCAGUCUUCCAGCCUCACCGAGACGGCAAUUUUAUUCCAAUCGUUAGUCAAGUUCCUGCGCGACCACUAACUCGACGUAUUCAGAACAGCGGGCUCAAGGCUGGGGAUGUGGUUUUCUGGCACCAUCUGAGUCGAACUGGAGAACUAGGGGGCGUCAGUCUGGACGACGAGUACUACAGUCAGCACUUCGUGGAGCGAUAA